AUGGGAUCCACCCCGGCCCCUAGAAAUGACCAAGAGGCCCAAGAUGAGAUACAGAUUCAUCCUCUCCACCUGAUGCCCUUUGAUUCUCUUCCCAACAAACGACAAGUAUGGCCCUAUGCGCCAGGGUCGCACGAGGAAGGACUAGGUCGCCUUAUCUUGUUAACGGCCGAUGUUGUAUCCGCGGCCGCAGCCUCGUGCAUCCGCACCGGCCGACGGGUCAGUGUGGGCUGGGAGCUGACGAAGUUGGAGAUUGCGAACUUCAACCGGGAGCCUUGCCAACACCGCAUGGUGUCGCUGUUGGGUGGUGUAGCCUUCGACGACAUCUAUACUUUUAACCCGCAGCAGAGCUCGCAGUGGGAUGGACUUCGGCAUUUCUCCCAGCCGGAUCCGUCACCGGAAGAUCCGGACCGACGAGUCUUCUACGGCGGGGUGGUAAAGGACGAGAUCACGACGCCCGGAACCGACAGGAUCGGCAUCCAGGCCUGGGCGAAGCAAGGAAUCUGCGGUCGUGGUGUGUUGCUCGAUUACGUCGCUUACGCGGAGCGGAAGGGGAUCGAAUACUCAGCAUUCAGCGAGCAUUAUAUCCCGCUGAGCGUCCUACUGGAGAUUGCCCGCGAGGCCAAUGUGACAUUCCAACGAGGAGACAUCCUAUUCGUACGGGUCGGAGUCACGAAGGAAUGGGACACGAAGAUGACGGCGGAAGACAAGAAUGCCUAUGCCACGACGUCCCGGCCCUUACAUGCUGGCGUGGAGGGCACCGAAGACAUGCUGCGUUGGCUUUGGGACACGGGUUUCGCAGCCGUCGCGAGCGACGCCAUCUCAUUCGAAGUUUACCCGGCGCACCAAUCAUAUCCCGCUCCCGAUGGCCAAAGCGAGAUCCCCGGGGUCUUCCUGCACGAGUACCUUCUGGCGGGUUGGGGUAUGCCCAUCGGUGAGCUGUUUGACCUUGAGGGUCUCAGCGAAUUGUGUCAGCGUGAGAACCGCUGGGAGUUCUUCGUUGCGAGUGCACCGUUCAACAUGCCUGGCGGAGUCAGCAGUCCUCCGAAUUGUGUUUGCAUCUUUUGA